GCUGUCGUCCAAUUCCGCGCAUCAAAAAGAAGAAAACUGACUCAGUGUAGGUUAUCUGAAGAUAAAUAUCGAAGCGGCGACACACAGUUUAUGUUUGGUAAAGAAGAUGGCAAUGAUUCCAAACUACGAACAGCUUGUUUUCUCACCGCCUCCAUGUGAAAUAUUAAAGAUUGUUUCGGAGAAGGAAAAUGAAAUUUGUGAAUAUGAUGACGGGUUGGAAGCUCGUUUUGAGGGAGAUAAGUGUGCGUGGCUUUCUGACAGAAAAAAACUGACUUUACCGCCAGAAUUGUGUUCGAAACUGGGAUGUUCCGCGGAGGAAAUGUCAUUUGUGACAGGUGGUGUUCAACAAUAUUUGAACAGACAUCAGAAAUUCACUAAAACGAUGGACAACAGCAGCUGUUUUCAAGUCGAUGCUCAACCAAACUGUGCUCAACCUCGUCGAUUAAACUCACCAACAAAUUUCAGUUCACUGCCUGUGUAUGUAAAGCUACACAUUUUCUCUUUCCUGGAUGCUCAGGACCUGUGUCGUUUGUCACUGGUGAACAGGGAAUGGUUGUCAUUAACCAGUGAUAGUGUUCUGUGGAACAAUCUACUAGAGCAAGAUAUGGUCACGUGGUCAGUGAUUGGUCACAUGACCAACCCAGCAGUGUACAGAGAAGUGGAUUCUGAUUGGUCAGAUAAGGAAAUCUAUCUACAAUGUUGCCCAAAGAUGAGAAAGUUGAUGAGACAAGAAAACUUUGCCUUUAUGAACAUCUCCACCAUGCUGCGUGCAUUCCUUCCCAAAAAAGUUCCCAAGAUUGCCAUGUUUGGCCCUGGUUUAGAGUCUAGCACCAGUGGGAUAGUGAGGAAAAUUCUAUAUGAGAAGAACAACUUAUUCGACAUCAAACAACUCUUUCCAGGACAGUUUGAAGGUGUUGGCUCUGGAAUGACGCUUCAGAUGAGAUCUGGCCUGAAGUUUGAUCUCACUGUGCUGUAUUCGGCCACAAGGAUGGAGAGAGAAAACGGAGGCAUCAAUCGCAUGCAGCGCAGUAGGUUGGUUCAACGAAACCUACAUCAGAUGGAGGAGGGCCAGAGCGAGGCUGCGGGAUAUGAGCUAACACAGGCUGUGCGCGACCUCUGCCGGACCCUGGAUGCAUUUAUCUAUGUUGUAGAUGCAACAGUGGAGUCAUUUCCAGAAAAUGUGAAUAAUACCGAGCUAUGUGCCAUGGUGAAUGAGCGCUGGUCAGCCACUCAUGUUCCCGUGUUGGUAUUGUCCUGUGUGAGAAACGCUUCCAUCCAACGUACGCCCUGCGUAAAAGUCGUUGACCAAUUACAGCUGAGCAGACUCGACAAGCCUUGGCAAGCACAUGACGUUGAUGUGGACACACUAGAUGGCGUUGUUGAUGGUGUGCACUGGCUAAUAGAGCAGUCCCAUAGACGGUGAUUCUGUGUAGUCCACAUAAGGUGUUCUGAUGGUGUGCCACAGAUGGGUCUACCUGAAGGGUUGAGAAUGUCAGUGAGCACACAUAACACAGGAAAAGCUGUAUACGUGCUGAUAUGGAUGUAGACUUGCUGGAUGGCAGUUCUUUGACUUGUUCACUCAAACUUGCCUCCCUGAAGUCUUGAGAAUGUCAGCAAGGACACAUUGCCUAAGACUGGCCGUAUCAACUGGGAAUGUGAUAGAAAUGCUGAAUCAAGGUUUAGGCAUGUAGCCUAGAAUGGGCUCUACUGGCAUUAUGUAUGUAUGAAUGGGGCUUAAUGUGGUACUUACUUUAAGCAUUUGCUCCUUCAUUUGACGACCAGGAGUCAUUAGGUGUGUGUACAUAGACUGUGUCUUCUUGUAAGAGGACGAGUCCAUGCCGCUAAAAUGCUGCCAAGACUGAAGUAUCAUGGCGAAGACACCAGACGUGACACCCCACCCAGUCACAUUGUACUGACACCGAGCAACCAGUCCUUGCUCUAACCUCUCAGCGCUGAACGCCAAGCGAUGCAGCAACAAGUCUUUAGCAUGACCUGAUCCGGGUUUGAUCCUGAGUCUCCUGACUUUGAUACGGGCGCCCUAACCACUAAGCCCCAGAAGCAAUCUACUAGCAUUACAUUUUUUUUGUUGCAUUUAAAAGUCAAAGAUGUGCUACAUUUAGGGUAGUUUAUUAGGGUACUCUAGUGAAAAACAGCCAUUUGGAUUAAGGCAUACAAUAUGGUGGUGUGAUCAGCAGUUGUAACUGAAUAUUUCAUGACUAUAAUGGGACACAACUCAUGUUCUUUAAGAUAAGUGCAUAUUCAUGAUUGUAGCCUAAUGCUCAGAUCCACAUGGACUCCUCCAUUCAGCAUAAUACACUGACAAUACUGGGCUGUCUGUAAACCUUAACACAGGUGUACCUUAGUAUUUAUUUGAAGAUUGUUGUUCAGUUAGUGGGUUUAACGAGCACUCUUAUAUGCCACCAGGGGGCCUCCGUGUCUCAGCUGAAUAGUGUGCUAGCGCAGCGUCAUUGACCCAGGAGUCUCUCACCAAUGCGGUCGCUAUGAGUUCAAGUCCAGCUCAUGCUGGCUUCCUCUCCAGUCGUACGUGGGAAGGUCUGCCAGCAACCUGUGGAUGGUUGUAGUUUUCCCCUGGGCUCUGCCCGGUUUCCACCCACCAUAAUGCUGGCCACCGUCGUAUAAGUGAAAUAUUCUUGAGUACAGCGUAAAACACCAAUCAAAUAAAUAAAUAUU